AUGGAUGCCAACCUCCCCGUUGGAGAAGAACAAAACGCUAUGGAAGGUCCAGCAGCACAACAUGUAGAAGGUCACGAAGAAGAAGUAGGGAAUGGCAGGAAUGAUGAUGAUGACCACAACAACAAUGGCAUCCAAGCUCAACAACCAUCCCCACAAGGGCCUCCACCAUUUCGUGUGGAUGAUCCAUCCCGGAUGAAGCUGACAAGUCAAGAACAUCAAUGGGCAUUGAACAUCAAGACAGCUAUCCAAGCGCACAGUGAGAUUGAUCCCAUAACCGAUUUCAUGUGUGCUCAUUUGGCCAUUCACUUUCAAGCAGACGUUGAAUCUGCCGUGGAGAGUGCUCUUCGACUUCAGGGAUAUCGCCAGGACAAUGAUCUAUUGGACACACUGAGCGACAGUCGACGGGCACUGACCAAAUAUGUCAAUCUGUUUCCACGGCUCUUCCUGUCCUACUUUUUCAACCCUCACGAUGGCAACUACAAUUUUGUCUAUGACAUUACCCAGUUUUCCGGAAAGAAAAUGACUCGCACGGAAAUGUACACCACUUCCAAUGCUGGCGCCUUUUAUCUCUGUCACGCCAUGAGUGCCGACUUUGAACUGAUACGACGAGGAGUCAUUGUGAUUUGUGAAUGUGAUGGGUAUGACUGGACGCGCCAUAUGGACAUUCGAAUGAUUCAGAAUGUAUGGCUCGAGCUAGCAUGGGCAUACCCCUUUGAGUAUCAAACACAAAAGCAUUACAAUGGUGGGGUCAUGUUCAAUGUGUUUUUGAGUAUGCUCAAAAAGAUUAUACCUGCCAAAAUGGGGAGCAAAUUUGAAACAGGGUAUCGAUUCGAUGGUCGUCUAGAUUCUGUAUACAUGGUGCCAACAGUAGAAAUUGCCAAUCAGCGGCUCCUUCAAAGUCUGGAUCUGGCUUUGCAGCGGAGAUAUGAUAUGGAAGAAUCCUUCUCACUCUCUGCUGAUGGUGCAACAAAUAAUCUCCAAUGA